AUUAUCCUUUUUUUUGUUACAGUUUGGAUAGAGAUCAACCAUUUACUUUCCAGCUUGGUGUUGGACAAGUUAUUAAAGGUUGGGAUCAAGGUCUUCUGGAUAUGUGCGUAGGCGAGAAAAGGAGAUUGACGAUACCACCUGAGCUGGGAUAUGGCGAAAAGGGAGCUGGAAAUGUUAUUCCUGGUGGUGCUACUCUUACGUUUGAAGUUGAACUUAUGAAUAUUAGCGAUUCGCCCCCAACCGCUAACGUCUUUAAGGAAAUCGAUGCUGACAAAGACAACCAACUAUCUCGCGAGGAGGUGAGCGAUUAUCUCCGAAAGCAGGUGAUAGAAGCCGAGCAAGCGGGCGCUAGUGAAAAUGAAGACGUAAAGAAAAUGCUGGCUGAUCAUGAUAAGCUCGUCGAGGAGAUCUUCCAGCAUGAGGAUAAGGAUAAGAACGGCUUCAUCUCCCACGACGAGUUCAGUGGGCCGAAGCAUGAUGAGCUCUGAAGUCUUCGUCCCUCAUCAUCGCGUCUCCAAGCGCCCGUUGUUGACGUCGUCGUCGUCUCAUCCGUCGACGAUGUCGACGCGCCCCGCGCCAUCACGUGUUCACCUCUGUAUAAAAUCACCUCUUCGAGUCCCCUCUCGGGUAUUCCCGAAGGAUCCAAUGAUCGAUUGUGCAGAGUACACGCGUGCUCGAACUUGCAAGACCAAGUUGCAAAUUUACCAGCAAACUUUUCUGAUAUAGCAUCACCAGCAUUAGAGGGAUACAAUCUUCGGGAAUCUCUGACUCGUCGAGUCGUAUUCGUGUUCUUGAUUGCAGGAAAUUUACAAGAGUAGGUGGACAUUUUGAUUAACAACGAAGAGCGUAAAAGAGUGAAACUGUUUUUUGAAAAAUUCGGAAAAAAGGGAAUCUGGAAGUUUUGAAAACUAUUUGGUAGUCCCAAAUAGUUUAAAGAUUUCCUAAUUUUUUAAUUCGGAUGUUCUAAAGGAUACGAUUUCACUCGUUUGAAAAUAGGAAUCAUGAUUACACCCCGCAAGCCAUCUUAUACGCACAAGAUUAAUCGAGAACCUGCAGAGGAAAUAUUAAUCAAUUUCCGGUGUAAUUUCCAUCUGAACCUUUCUUAUCCUAGCACAUCUUACUAGAAAGAUCUGCAAUUUUUAUCACUCAAUAUUGUUUAUUUUAUUUAUCAUACAAUCUUUUGAAAAUCUUUAUACCACAAACAAUAAUUUCUGCAGUUACUUAUAGAUAAUUUAUAUUGCGCAGAAUUAUGAUUCCUUUAUCAAAUAAAGUUUCUGAUACAACAAAUUUUUCGUUGAAAAACUGCUAAAUCGAAAAAGUAUAUACCAAAUCUAUAGUCUUUAAAAAAUCAAUAUAAAUAUUGCGUUUUUUCCUUUGUUAUUUCCAACCGUUUUAAAAAUUUGCGGAAUUUUACAAAGAUUCAUGAAAAUUUCACGGAUAUUCCUAGGGAAACAUUCCGGCGGAACGACAUCAUUGUACAUUUUAAUACGAUUUAAACAAAAAAAAAUAUACGAAUGUCUGCUCGAAUGAUUGCACUGUAGUGGCGUGAAGUGAGGCUGUGUAUGUUUCGCGCUAUAUAUAUUAUAUAAAAAUAUAAAGGGA